AAAUGGCUCCAACCCUCCAACAUGAUACUUACAAAGAGCAUGCAGCUUCCAUAAAAGAGAAUGUUAAAGAAGAGGAGGAGGAGGAGGAGGAGGAGGAGGAGCUUUUCGAGAUAGAUUUAGAAGCCGUUGGCGAUCUUGCUCCACCGUAUUAUUGGGAAAGCUAUUUGACUGCAACCGCAGACUAUACCCUUUUCGCCAACUGUUUGGUUCCUGUAGCUGAUGUUUCAUCUGCAAUACCAAUGGGUAAUCCCAAGCAGUCAUGGUUGGGGCCGGGAUCAGGGAGGGUUAUAUGGGUGAGAGAAGCACAGCCAUUGCAGAAGUUUGUUGGGAUUUCUUAUUUGGAUGCUUUGAGUAAUCUGUUACAGAAGAAAUUGAUCGAUGUUUCAGCCUCUUUGAAGCUAGAGAAAUGAAGAUGAUGAUGAUGAUGAUGAUGAUGCUGGUGUGGUGGGUGCUUCUUGUAUCUGGUCUAGUUGAAUUAAUUUGAGUAUCAUAUACUUCAUUAAUUGAAAAGAUAUUUAAUUAUAGAGAGAAA